AUGCUGUUUGUUCUAAUCCGCUGGACAUCCCGCAAACAACUACAACAGCUCGCAACCUUGCGUAAACGUCGGAACGAUGGACUAGGAGACCGGGAAUCAGACAGACGUUCAUUUAAUGGGAAGAGCCUCUCGGAAGAGAUGAAGUCGUCAGCAAGGGCCCUCAAAGCCUGGCGGUACUCGCUUUCAAACUCAUGGCUGCUCAAAUUUCUGCUCGUUGCCCUUGCCAACAACCUCGCAGAAAGACUGCGCCAGCGGGGUGUCCUGUUUGACUUGGAUGAAGCCAUUGAGCUCCAUCGAGCUGCACUAGCACUCUGUGCCGCUGAUCAUCCUCGUCGAUCCAGGUCUCUCAACAACUUUGCCAAAAGCCUUCGAGACAGAUUCAACUAUCCUCAUCGAUCCAGGUCUUCCAACGACCUUGCCAACAGCCUUCACACCAGAAUCGAACAGGAUGGCAUUCGGUCUGACCUGUCUGAGGCCAUCGAGCUCAAUCGAGCUGCAUUAGCACUUCGUCUUGCCGGUCGAUCGGGCAACUUUGCCACCACCCUCUCGACCUUUGAGCCUACAAGGGGGUCCUACCAGCAGGGAAUCUUGUCUGACCUGAAUGGGGCCAUCGAAGUCAAUCGAGCUUUACUGGCCCUCCGUCCCACUGGCCAUCCUCGUCGGGUCAUGCCUAUUAAUAACCUUGCCGACAGCCUUCAAGGCAGAUUCCAGCAGCUGGGCAUCUUGCCUGGCCUGAAUGAAGCCAUCGAGCUUCAUCGAGAUGCUCUCUCGCUCCGUCCCUUCAGCAAUCCUGAUCGAUCAACGUCUUUCAACAGCCUUGCCAUCAGCCUUCUAGACAGGUUCCAGCAGCAUGGCCGUUCAUCAGACUUAAAAGAGGCCUUCAGCCCUCAUUUACAAGUCCCCGAAGUAUCUCACAUGGCCUCUCGUGGAGAUCUUCGUGUUGCAAAGCCACGAGCCCUCUCCGCCGAGUACCUGAAGCAUAGCAUUGGUUGCCUAUCAGACCGCAUUGAAAUCACUCGAUCAGCAUGUUGCGGUUUCGUCAUCAUCUUCCCGCCAUCUCGAUAUGGCCAGGGAGGCCACUUCAGAGUCCCUUGCCACGGAUGCUUUAUCAUGCGUUGUUCGUUAUGGAGCCUUGGAGACUGCUGUAGAAUUGGUGGAGCAAGGCCGUGCAGUAUACUGGACCCAGUUGGCGCACUUUCGCACCCACUGGAUGACCGUGCUAUUUCAGGUGAUGCCGGCGGAGCCUUAGGAGAUGGAUUCAAGCAAUGGAAGGAUAUCGUUGGCCAUAUUAUUCAAGUGCUGAGGUAG